AUAUCCGCGGGGCCGCCAUCGUCACUCUUCUCUGCUUCUUCGAUUUCAUCCCCUCCACAACGAUGCUCUCUCGCUUCCUCUGCAGACCAUCUCACCUGAGAUUCAUCAUCUCCCGCAAUACCCAUUUCCUGAACCCCAAAAUCCCUUCUCCCCACGCCCCGAUUUCUUCUUCCGUACCCGUCUUCUUCCCCAAGAACCCCCAUUUCUUUUCUACAAGUAACAAUGGCGGAGGUUCUGAUUCAUGGAAUCUAUCUUCCUCCGAUACCCCAUCCAUGUUUCCGGAAGACAUCGAGAUAUCAGAAACAUUGCCCAGAGACGAGAGCCACUUGUUCAGGGAUCUGGAGGAGCCGGAGAAGGGUACCGCGGUGGCCGGAGGUGGAUUUGUAAAGGGUUUCAGUCCAUGGACAACCGAGGAGGAUGAAGAUGCCAAGAAUGUGUUUGAAAUAUUGGAUGAAGAAGACGAAAAAGGAAAGUGGGAGGUGGGGAGCAAGGGCGGCAGGGGUGAGAAUGGCGAAUGGGAAACUGCGGCGGGUUACAAGCCCUGGAGCGCAUCUGUGGAGGAGGAUGGAGAAACCGUCUUUGAUGUAGUAGAAGAAGAAGAGAAGAUGGCGGGUGUUGAUUUCAGUGCCGAGGAGGAGAGAUUGCAGAAGGAGAAGCUUGAGGAAGAACAGAGACUUGAGCUGGAAGAGAAAGCUCUCACUGUUGUUCUCAAAGGUCCGAACCGUGCAUUUGGUGAUCUAAUUGCGGCUUCUGGAAUCACUGAAGAAAUGUUAGAUAGUCUUAUGACUUUGAAAGACCUUGGAGACAUCAAAGGAUUGCCGCCUCUACACGAAAUAGAAGACAUGCGUUAUGAGAGGAGCAUGAGCAGAUCCAGCAGAGCAGAAAUGGAGCGUCAGAAACAAGAGGAAGUUGCAAAGGCAAGAGUGAGACAAGUAGAUGAGAAGGGGAGGGCUUAUGGGACAGGAAAGAGAAAAUGCAGCAUUGCCCGUGUUUGGAUUGAACCCGGCAAUGGAAAAUUUAUUGUGAAUGAUAAAGAGUUUGAUGUGUACUUUCCAAUGCUUGAUCAUCGCGCCAACCUUCUCCGGCCUUUCUCUGAAACUACAACACUGGGUNUUAUAUUCAUUUGAUCUAAUAUGCUCCUUGCUUGACAAUAAAAAACUUUUGAAAAAUGACUCUUUUUUUGACAUAGUAAAAGAUUAGUUAGUUUAUUUCCCACUAUAGUUUAUGGGUCAUGCUACGGUCAAGCUGGUGCAAUUCAGCUGGGCAUCAGUAGGGCCUUGCAAAACUGGGAUCCAGAGUUGCGUCGCCCUCUCAGAGAAGCUGGUUUCUUGACAAGAGACUCGAGAGUGGUCGAAAGGAAAAAGCCUGGCAGAGCAAAAGCAAGAAAGAGCUUCCAAUGGGUCAAACGUUGAGCUAUUACAGAUUCUUGUCAAUGCAUCGAUCUCGGGAGGGCAUUUUUGGUAUUUUUACUGAUUUCUUAUAUGGAAGUAAUCACGUUGACUUGAGAAAAUUGACUGGUUUCAAUUCAAAGGAGAUGUUCAGGUGAAAGUUUGUAGUGUGAUUAGAUGAUUAGAUUAGACAAAUUGAUGGAACAGUUAUGUUUUUUUUGUUUUCAAAUAUGAAACAAAUAAGGCUUGCAAUUCUCUAAAUUAAGGUUUGUAUCUUGU